AUAAAACUGAAAUCUUUAAAAAUAUUUGAAAAAUGCAAAAUUAUGUAAAAGUCAGGAAAACCUGCAGGUGAAAAAACAGCAACGUCAAAAUGCUGUUAGUUUUCCUCGUUCUCCUCAACCUCAGAACCCUACAAGCCCGAGCCGGGGCACAGCGCUGCGCCGACGGCAUCGUCCUGAUCGACAUGAAACUACCCGAAUCAAAAUGGGUAAAAAUCUGCGCCGGCACUUUGAUCAGACCCACUUGGAUUUUAACAGCGGCCGGUUGUCUGGAAAAUACGAUGUUCAACACGAGCUCCGUCUACAAUGUCGACAAGCGACCUGUGAAACGAAUCGUCCUCCAUCCAGAAUACGAUUCGGAAAAAUACGAAGGUAACGACGUCGCUCUGAUGGAACUAGAGAAGCCUAUUGGCAAUGGAAUCGUUUUUUUACCAAAAGCCCAAGAAAAUAUUUUGGAGCCGAUGUGCCAAAAAUCUUUAAUUUUCGGUUGGAAUGAAAAUAAUGAAAAGUGCGGCAUGUCUUCAGUAGUGCCUCGUGAUCAAUGCAAACUUCAAGUGGAAUUGUUUCCUGGACAAUUUUGUCUGAAUUCGGCAAUCGAAGAAGCGCCUCUGAUAGAAGCGGGAGGGCCAGUUUUGUGCGGUUCGGUGCAAGUCGGCGUGAUCACUUCCAAGUGGAUGUUGAAGGCUAAUUUGCCCAUCGUUUAUACUGAUUUACGGUCCAGUGUGGGUCUUAUCGAAAAGACUAUAGAGGGAGUGGAAGAACGUCGACAAAAAGUUGGCAAUUAUGGAGAAGCUUCUCGAAAAAUUCAAUUUGAAAAUGUUUUAUUUGCAUUUGUAAUCUUUUUGGCUCAAUUAUUGUGAUUCCGUUGAUACAUUUUAUGUUUUUUUUUUCUCUAAAAUUAAAAAAGAUUUUCAUAAGUAUGAACGCCGCAUA